AAAGAAUUGUAGAUAAAAUGGCGUUGUGUUGUGCCAUUUCAAAUGAAGUUCCAGAAUACCCUGUGGUAUCUCCAUCGUCGGGUGCGAUAUUUGAAAAAAGAAUAAUCGAAAAAUACAUACAAGAAAAUGGCGUGGAUCCUAUUAGUGGCAAAGAACUGACAAUCGAUGAUUUAAUUGAAAUCAAAACUCCCCCUGUUGUUAAACCCAAACCACCUAGUGCAACUAGCAUUCCCGCAACCUUAAAACUUUUACAAGAUGAAUGGGAUGCUGUUAUGUUAUAUAGUUUUACACAAAGACAACAACUUCAAACAGCUAGACAAGAAUUAAGUCAUGCCCUGUACCAACAUGAUGCAGCUUGUAGAGUAAUUGCCAGGCUUAAUAAAGAAGUCACAGCUGCAAGAGAAGCCCUUGCUACACUUAAACCUCAAGCUGGAAUUACAACAGUUCCACAGCCAGCUGUAGCUGCUGAAGCUGCAGGUGUAGCAAAUCAACCAACUGAACAAGCGGGUAUGAGUGAAGAAAUCAUAGAAAAAUUACAGGAAAAAGCUACAGUAUUGACAUUAGAACGUAAGCAGAAGGGAAAAACUGUACCUGAAGAUUUGACGACCCCUGAGCAGUUACGAAACUUCAGAACAUUAUCCUCACUUAUUGGAUUACAUUCAGCAAGUAUCCCUGGUAUAUUAGCAUUAGAUGUUCAUUUAUCAGACACAAGUAAAGUGUUGACGGGUGGUAAUGAUAAAAAUGCUACUGUAUUUAAUAAAGAUACUGAACAAGUAGUUGCCAUAUUAAAAGGACAUACAAAAAAAGUUACAAAGGUUAUUUACCAUCCAGAUGAAGAUUUAGUUUUAACUGCUUCUCCAGAUGCCACCAUUCGUGUCUGGAAUGUACCAACAUCACAAACAACUUUGCUUUUGCGACCUCAUGAAGGUCCUAUUACUGGUUUGUCAUUACAUCCUACAGGAGACUAUGUAUUAUCUACAUCAGAAGAUCAAUAUUGGGCGUUUUCAGAUAUCAGAACUGGUACUUUGUUAGCUAAACUUUCAGAUAAUACCAAUACACCUUUAACAACAGCACAGUUGCAUCCUGAUGGUUUAAUUUUUGGAGUUGGUACUGCAGAUUCUCAAGUCAAAAUUUGGGACUUAAAAGAACAGACUACAGCUGCAAAUUUCACAGGACAUUCUGGAGCAAUUUCAUCCAUAUCAUUCUCUGAAAAUGGUUACUAUUUAGCGACAGCUGCUGAUGAUGCUUGUGUAAAACUGUGGGAUUUGCGAAAGUUGAGAAAUUUCAAAACAUUACAAUUAGAUGAAGGUUACCAGAUUAAAGAUCUCUGCUUUGACCAGAGUGGUGCAUAUCUAGCGGUAGCUGGAACAGAUGUUAGAGUGUACCUAUGCAAACAAUGGCAAGAACUGAAAGUAUUUAACGAUCACACUGCUACUGCUACCGGAGUUCGAUUCGGUAAACAUGCCAGAUUUAUUGCCUCGACUUCCAUGGACAGGACGUUAAAAUUGUAUGGAUUAGAUUAAAAUAAUUCAAUAAUAAAUAUCUUAUAAAUAUGAACUUAACCUCAUUAUAUUUGAGCGUUCUUAUGGUUUUGGGUUUUUUUCAAAGAACAAAAAUUUCGAAACAUCAAAAUUUCUGCGUAGAAAUGUUUCCUACGUAUCAGAUACUAUCAUUAGUCGCUGUACAGUCAAGAUUUGCAACUAAAAAUUAAACAAAUUUGGUGCUAUUGCAUAUUUUUUUCUUAACCUUAGCUUUUGUAGUGCAAAAGUUAAUGUGUAAUUUUUAACACAGGAAAUCAAAAGUUAUGUCCUAAAUCGAAAUUUUAAGAAACAGCAAUACAGAAAAUUGAAGAAUUGCUUAGUAGUAAAAAGUUCAUAUUUUUAGGUUUUUAUUAUUGUUUAACUAUAACUUUAGUUUAGGGUGUCUUUUAUUAUAAAGAUCAAAAAUGUUUUUAUGGAUUCCAAUCUGUUUUAUAUAGAAUAAGCAAUUUAUAAAUGUGUCAAUAAAAAAUUACUUAAAAAU